UCAUAGUCAGAACCAUCGUAUACCAUGAUGAAGUCUCUCUUUUUUCUGACUUUUGCUUCAAUUGUGUUCGUGGUCGAUGCGGCCACCAAAGUCGCAGUUAUUGAGCUCGGAAAAGGUGGAACUGUCCGCCGCACCACCGCCAAAAGCAUCGAGUCUUCGGUCGAUGGCGUGGCUUCGUUCUGGAAUGCCCUGCACGGAUCGGGUCGCCGUCGUCUACAACAUCCGGGAAUGACUGUUGUUCCGGAUUUGUUUCGCAAAGCUGACUCCAGUGUUGUGAUAGGAGUGUCUGGAAGCGGUGUUGACCUUAGCACAAUGCCUUUGGUCGCUGGGCUUGUUUCCGAUGAAUCCAAGAACGGCGUUGUAGGACACAUGGAGAUCUCUGGCCACCACUGCCACGCACUUUUGUCCCAUCUCGAUCAAUUGGAAGAAGCUGAAUCCCUGAGCAUCGAUCUACUCGAGAAGCAUGCCAAAAUAUCGGGUAUAUCGGGAAUGAAAAUUGUUGUGGAUACGCCAAGAGCUAGUGCGUUGGAUCAACAGAUUAGCGUUGCUCUUUUGGAAAUGGACGAGCAAGCCAAAGCUAGUGGACAGACUAUCGUAGUUAAUCUUGUUGUUGAAGAGAGCGAAGAUACUGGCGCUUCCAGUCACCGUCGCCUGGAAGGUGGUGGAGAAGAAGAAGGUCAAGAAGGUGGAGAGCAAGGCGGUGGCGAAGGAGGAGCCGACAACGCGAACGGAGAUGGAAGUUCUGGGCAGUUCGCUGGCUACUACGGUUAUGGUUACUACAAUGCAUACGGCGAAUGGGUCACGCCUUACAAAACCAUGUUUCAAAUUCAGUACUUCAACGUUGUGCUGUGGACAUCGGUAGGUCUGACCCUUAUUCUGUUCUCGAGUAUCUUCAUGAUGAUGUAUAUGCCACUUGAACCAGAUACGCUCUUGUUUGGAGAAUCUGCGAAGCUUAUGGAGGACUGA